AUGAGGAACAUGAGACUCCAAUCAACACCCAAAGAGGACGCCGAAAUGACCCACGCGAAGACGACAGAAGCGUUUCAAGCGUUUUCCAAGUCUCUGAGAGACAAAAUCAAGCCUGAACAGACCAACAAUGCGUCGCCGACAUACGAACUACAACAGAAAGUAGCUGCGAAGAUGGAGGAGGUCUAUCAGAAGCAAGAGGCUUAUGAGAAGUGUUACGAAGCCUAUCAGAAGACCCUCAAAGAAAACCCUGUUGCCUUACAGACUGGCAAUGUACUUCGACCAAACAAAGGAAAGUUGGCAGCUGCCAGGACUCCGUGGGACAUCAACACAUUCGAAGACUUUGAGCAAUUCCUCGCAACGCCGAACGGGCCCCAAGAAGUAUUCGAGGUUUUGAACCUCGUACGUGAAGCAGACCUCCGUUGCGCUGAAUGUUCCUCUUCCCUGGAAUUUCCUCAGAACAACCCUGAGUCGCUAAAGGCCGGGGUCGCCAAGCUCACGAAGCAGGAUCUCUAUGGAAACGGUACCUCAGACCCAGGCAAGAAUAAGAACAAUAACGAAACAUACCACCUUGCCGACCCCGAGAUCUUCACUGCCGCCUCUCCGGCAAAGCCGCAGAUCACUGCAUCAAGCCCUCUCACCAAGGCGCGUACCCCCAUGCCAUGA